UGCUUAAAAGAGGAGAUAUCAACAAAGACAUGGACAGAGUCCAAGAUAGAGGCAAGUGAGUUUAGACUAGUGGGGGUGGGAAUGACAAAUAAACUCCAAGUAUUGUUUCCCAGUUCCUGGGGAAUUAGAUGGAGCUUUCAAUCCCUUGUAGGCCUAUUGGUGGCCGUCUUAGUGAUUGGAGCAAUUUAUUUGACGGGAGAGAGCAAGCAGUUAUUGGAAGAAGGGGAUGAGACGAAGCAUCAGAUUAACAAUGGCUCAUCGUCGAUUUCGCAAUGCGAUUUUUUCUCGGGGAAAUGGGUAUUUGAUAACGAGUCACACCCUUUGUACAAAGAGAAGGAUUGCAGUUUUAUGUCGGACCAAUUGGCUUGCCAGAAGUUUGGAAGAGAGGACUUGAGGUAUCAGAGUUGGAGGUGGCAACCUUAUCGCUGUGACCUCCCAAGGUUCAAUGCCACAGCAUUGCUAGAGAGGCUAAGGAACAAGAGGCUUGUGUUUGUUGGAGAUUCUUUAAAUAGGAACCAAUGGGUCUCAAUGAUCUGUCUAGUGGAAACAUCCAUACUUGACCCAAUGCUCAAAUCUAUGCACACCAAUGGCUCCUUGACCACCUUCAAGGCCUCUGAAUACAAUGCAUCAGUUGAAUUCUAUUGGGCUCCACUGCUAGUUGAGUCCAACUCUGAUGAUCCAGUAAAGCAUCGUUUACCAGAUCGAAUUGUAAGGACUCAAGCCAUUGAAAAACAUGCUAGGCAUUGGACUGAUGCAGAUAUUCUAGUCUUCAAUUCCUACCUCUGGUGGAGGAGGCCCAUGAUGAAGAUCUUGUGGGGAUCAUUUGAGCGUUCAGACGGAAUCUAUAGAGAAGUGGAGAUGUUACGCAGUUAUGAGAUGGCUUUGAAGACGUGGUCAGAUUGGUUGGAAAUUCAUGUCAACCAUAAUAAGACUCAAUUAUUCUUCGUUAGCAUGUCACCUACGCAUGAACGGGGUGAAGAAUGGGGCAGGGAUGUAGACCAAAAUUGUUACAAUGAAACAGAGCCAAUUUCACAAGAGGGAUAUUGGGGAAAUGGAUCGGACCCCAAAAUGAUGCAAAUAGUGGAGACGACAAUCAAUAGCUUGAACGAAAGAGAUCUGAAAGUACAAAUGCUAAACAUAACACAAUUGGCAAAGUAUCGCAAAGAAGGCCACCCAUCAAUAUAUAGGAAGCAAUGGGAUCCCUUAACUGAAGAGCAAUUGGCAAGACCCGAAAGUUAUGCUGAUUGUAUACACUGGUGCCUUCCUGGUGUGCCUGAUGUUUGGAAUGAAAUUUUGUAUGCAUAUAUUCUUCAUUAUGAUGAUAACAUCAAAGGGAAAAUGGAAAUUUAGAGCUUGUGAUACUUAAUUGUGAAAAAUUGUAUAGUACUAAGGAGUUUGAAAGUAACAGAGAACCUCCCAAGGAGUUAAAAUGUAACUUGCGAUGGCUUGAAUACGACUGAGAGAAAAGC